AUGAAGACCCUGAUUCUGGUCAUCAGCCUCAGCCUCCUGGCUACUCUACGGGCCCAGGACUCCUCAGACGAGGAGGUUCAGGAUGUGUCAGGGACGUGGUAUCUGAAGGCCCUGAAAGCAGAAGUGGAGAUUUCUGAGGAGAUACUGGAGUCUGUGACCCCUGUGACCAUCACACCCCUGGAGGGAGGCAACCUGGAAGUCAAGAUCACCAUGCUGAUAAACGGCCAGUGCCAGGAGCUGAAAGGCGUCCUGGAGAAAACUGAUGAGCCGGGCAAAUACACUACUGACAAUGGCAAGCGUGUAAUAUACUUCAUCAAGUCGCUUGUGAAGAACCACUACAUUAUCUACUGUGAGGGAGAGGAGCACGGGCAGUUGAUCAGAAUGGCAAAGCUCCUGGGCAGAGACCCUGGGAACAACCAGGAAGCCUUGGAGGAUUUUCAAGAGGUCACAAGAGCCUGGAGACUCAAUGCAAAUUUCUUCAUCCUCAAGCAAAACGGACAGAGGGCACCUCGGCUUCUCAGUAGCCCCAGGGAGGCACCACCUGGCACCUCUGACCUGUGCGGGGAUGUGGAAGAACCCCUCCCACCACCCCCCCCCCGGCUGACCGCACCCCUCCUCUCACCCCCACUACCCUUCCCCAUGCCCUGUACCCACCCUCCACUCCUGGUUCUACAUAAAGAGUUUUAG